UUCAGUGUCUGUCUACUCAGCGGCUGCUGCUAUGAUUCGCAGAGCAUCGAGACGUCAGUGGUGAGAUUAUCGUCCCGCUUUAGCAUAAACAAAAGUCGCGGACGUUAACGAAGGACUAACGUGCCAAGUCUUGAAGAAUAUGAACAGAGUGGACGCACCAUGUCGACCCGCAGCCUCUCUGAAAUUCACCAUUGACAACAUCCUCAACCUCAAGACAAGCGGGAGGAACAGUGACAGCUGCCACGCCGCCCGACUGCAGGAUGACUCGGUCACGCCGGUGCGUAAAGACGGUUUCCAGAGUCAUCACGAUGAGCACGGAGCCCCGCAGAGGCAGGACCCGAACAGCAGGCUCCACCAAAGAGAGUUGACCACGGACUGCAGCGGAGCGACAGAAUCGGUCACCACGAGCCGCGGAGACUCGAUGAAGGCGUCGGAGGUGCGCUUCGAGAGCGGGGACAGCAGCUGCGACGACAGCUGCUCCACCACCGCGGCUUCGGACGCACACCAGGGAGGCAGCCCGACGAAGAAGAGAGAGAAAAUUAUCACGAAAAAAAAGACGCGCACUAUUUUUUCCAAGAGACAAAUUUUCCAGUUGGAGUCUACCUUCGACAUGAAACGCUACCUGAGCAGCGCGGAGCGCGCCUGCCUCGCCAGCUCUCUGCAGCUGACGGAGACGCAGGUGAAAAUAUGGUUUCAGAACCGCAGGAAUAAAUUGAAACGGCAGAUCUCCAACGAAAUCGACGGACCCGUUAGUGAUUUCCCCGAGACUGGAAAGCCGGUGGUGGUGGGGCAGCUCCCGGCCUUGUACAAAGAGAGCAACUUGCUGGGCAGAUGUCUGCUGCCCAUGCCUCUGCCCGUGGUCUACCCCGGCAGUAGCACGCCUUACCUCUGCUUCUCAAACGCCAGCAAGUACUUCAGCCUGUAUGACGGGGACAUGUGAUGGGUUCAUGUGGAAAAGGACACUUUUUUUGGUGGUUUGUUGCCAAGUUUCAAGCAUUUAAGGUGUUUUCGAUGAUGGGACCGGAUCUGCGGCCUUCAUGUUAUUGAAGGCUGCAAGUACAACGAUAGAGGAGUAGUUACAUAUCACAUUAAUAAAUAAGCUCAUUUGGUAUUAUUUAUUUUUCAUUCAGUUAAGGGUUUUUUUUUUUUUUUAUAACAUAUAGGCCUGACACUAAACUUUACACAACGUCGUUUUUAGAAAAGUGAGACCAAGUUAAUGAUAGCCUAAAGGAGGCCUAAAACUAUCACUGUCUACAUUUUAUUGUUUCCAUUUCAUUAUCAUUAUUAUUAUUACAGUACUAUUAUUAUUAUUAUUAUUAUCAACGGCAUUUCCAGCAGCCUAAAGCCACCAAAGAAAUUAUACUAUAGCCAAGCUAUCUGCAUGUAUUUCCUGUAUCAUAAUGGAUUUUGAAUUACAGAAAUUAUCUAUGUAUUUAAAUGAAUGUAAUUAUCAUUUUAUUCUAUGUUUCACGCAUGUCUAUUUUAUUUUUAUUAUUGUUUUGACCAUCAUACUAUUUCCUCUUUAUUCCACAAUCGCCCAUAUAGGCUCAUUACACCAUUUACUGAAACUAAUUAAAAUAUCAUUCAAGAAAUAUUUCUCUCAGGACUGAUUCAGUAUUUUCAGGUGAUUUUUGUGUUGCAGACAUCAGUGGUUUGUUUUUACUGAUAACGGAGGUAACAUUAAGUCAUUGUAUUAAUCCAAACAUAUAGAAGGCAACGAUUGCAGCCUGCUGAUUGAAAACCUGAACAGAUACAUCAUAAAUAAUUUAAAAGCUUGAAAGUCCACUUUUAGAAUAAAAAAACAGUCCUCAAUAGUCCUCAAAGUGGGGGCAAAUAUUUGUACACAUUUAUAAAUUCCAGCAAAUGUAAAGAAAAAAACACAACAAGAUAAGUUAAGUUUUAUUUGUGUCAGUAGAUCUGUGUCAAAAUACUGAAAAUAAGAUAUUCAUCUGCAGAUGAAAUAAAUGGCUUUACAGGAAACCAAAUAAGAAAUACGGUUUUGUGCAAACGUCCUCAGGGCAGCACCAGGUUUGUUGUUUUUAUGUCGGUCAAAUUCUGUAAUCACUGGCAUUUUGAACAUGAUGUGACAGAAAGUUUGUCUUGCAAGCGUUCAAAGAGUUCAACUCAUACAAUGUGUGUUAUAAUGCUCAAGCUAAUGUACUGGCGUAAUAGACCUUUUUCACAGCAGAUAUUUAUAGUAGGACAAACACAGGUUUUACCAAUAACAUAGGUUAUAUACUCCAGUGUAAGGGAAGGUCACAAUAAAUACUUGACACAUGAACCCCCUUUUCUUUUCAGAAAAAAAGGAGUAUUUUAAAAUUAUGUAUACAAGUUUCCCAUAUGUUCUGGAUGUGUUCACAUAAAGCGACUGAGAUAUAAUUACACUGCAUUAUAGCAUUGCUAAAACAAUAAAUCUAGUCCUGACCUUAGACUGUUGCACAGCCCUGUAAGUAAAACAUGUGUAGAGCCACUUCACAAAUAUAUACACACACAC